GGGGGUCCAGGAGCGAAAGGGGAGUGAGGGAGCUAGAGUGCGAGUGAAAGGGGCGGAGGGAGGAGGGAGAGAGUGUCAGUGAGUAGUGUGCGGCUGGUAUGUAAGAGAGAAACAGAGAGAAAAAGAGAGUGAGAGAGAGUGAGAGAGAGAGAGAGAGAGAGAGCGAGAAAGAGAAGGAGAGAAGGACACAGAGAUAAAUCUACCUAUCAUCGGAGGGCCGCACGCCGCGCCAGGAAGAGAAAGACCACUGUUGGACAAUAGAAGUGUGUACAAGUCUGGAAUAUAUACAAACGCACAUCUCGGCUUGUGCAGUGAGAUUUAUUACGUGCCCUCUAAUAAACAUUCCUACGACAAACAUAUUUGAAAAGAGUUAUUGCAUUAACUAAGAGCAUUGCUGUGUUGUCAAUGAGCACACCGUGGAUUAAGCAGUGUACCGUUGGUCUAACGGCAGGAAAAUAGUACACCAAGUAGUCACUAAUUGAACAUGAUGAAGAGUGCUUUGCCAAAAAAGGAAAGCAAAAUGCGCAUAAGAGCUUUUCCUACAUCUAUGGAUGAAAGAUACGUGGAAAAUAUUUGGGCUCUUCUAAAAAAUGCAAUUCAAGAAAUACAAAAGAAAAAUAAUUCCAGUCUCAGUUUUGAAGAACUUUACCGAAAUGCAUAUACAAUGGUACUUCAUAAAUAUGGCGAAAGGCUUUACACGGGACUGAAGGAAGUCAUUACACAUCAUCUUGUGAACAAAGUGCGCAAAGAUGUACUAGAUUCUCUUCAUAAUAAUUUUCUACAGACUUUAAAUCAAGCAUGGAACGAUCAUCAAACAUCUAUGGUGAUGAUAAGAGAUAUUCUUAUGUACAUGGAUCGGGUUUAUGUACAACAAAACAACGUGGACAAUGUAUUUAAUUUGGGCCUCAUUAUAUUUCGUGAUCAAGUCGUUAGAUACGGAUGCAUAAGAGAUCAUCUACGUGAAACAUUACUAGGGAUGGUGGCUCGAGAAAGAAGAGGUGAAAUCGUUGACCGUAUAGCGAUAAAAAAUGCUUGCCAAAUGUUAAUGUUAUUAGGUAUUAACAGUCGUCAAGUUUACGAAGAAGAUUUUGAACGACCUUUCUUGCAGCAAAGCAUUGAAUUUUAUAAGAUGGAGUCACAGAAAUUUUUAGCUGAAAAUAGUGCAUCCGUUUAUAUAAAACAAGUUGAAGCUAGAAUCACCGAAGAGUCAGAAAGGGCCAAACAUUAUUUAGACGAAUCUACGGAACCUCGGAUAGUGGAAGUUGUUGAAGAGGAAUUAAUUAAAAAAAAUAUGAAAACGAUAGUAGAGAUGGAAAAUAGCGGUGUUGUUCAUAUGCUUCAAAACUUGAAGACUGAAGAUCUUGGAUGCAUGUAUAAAUUAUUCUCUAGAGUUACCGAUGGAUUAAAUACCGUUUGUGGAUGUGUAUCACAGUAUUUAAGAGAAAGAGGACGAGCAUUAGUUCAAGAAGAAUUGGAAUCUGGCACCAAUGCAGUGCAAUUUGUGCAAAAUCUUUUAGACUUAAAAGAUCGUUUCGAACACUUUCUUCAUUAUUCAUUUAGUAACGAUAAGCAGUUUAAGCAAAUGAUUGCAUCAGAUUUUGAAUAUUUUUUAAACUUAAAUACGAAGAGUCCCGAAUACCUAUCAUUGUUCAUUGACGACAAAUUAAAAAAAGGUCUUAAAGGGAUGACUGAGCAAGAAAUUGAAGGUAUUUUGGAUAAAACGAUGGUAUUAUUUAGAUUUCUUCAAGAGAAAGACGUUUUCGAAAGAUAUUAUAAACAACAUUUGGCCAAGCGACUUUUGUUGAAUAAAUCCGUUUCGGAUGAUAGUGAGAAAAAUAUGAUAUCGAAAUUGAAGACUGAGUGUGGCUGUCAAUUCACAUCAAAAUUAGAAGGCAUGUUCAAGGAUAUUACUGUUAGUAAUACGAUUAUGGAAGAAUUUAAAGAACAUAUACUAGCUUAUGGAAUGACAUUGAGCGGUGUCGAUUUGAGUGUACGAGUUUUGACAACUGGAUUUUGGCCAACCCAAGCUGCGACUCCGAAAUGCAGUAUGCCUUCCGCACCCCGCGAUGCCUUCGAUGCCUUUCGCCAUUUUUAUCUUGGUAAACACAGUGGUCGCCAACUAACUUUACAGCCACAAUUAGGUUCAGCGGAUUUAAAUGCAAUUUUUUACGGGCCAAGAAGAGAAGAAAGCAAUCUUGGAGCGGAUUGUCCAUCUUCCUCUCAAGGAUUUGGAAGCAAUGGUAGUAGCCAACGCAGUAAUAGUGGAACGUGCAUUGCACGGAAGCACAUAAUUCAAGUCUCAACUUAUCAAAUGUGUGUCCUGAUGUUGUUCAAUAACAGAGAAAGGUUAACGUAUGAAGAGAUUCAAAACGAAACAGAUAUUCCUGAGAGGGAUUUAAUAAGGGCACUACAGUCAUUAGCUAUGGGAAAAGCAACGCAACGAGUUUUAUUGAAAUAUCCACGAACAAAAGACAUAGAACCAUCUCACUGUUUCUGUGUAAACGACAGUUUUACGAGCAAACUUCAUAGAGUUAAAAUUCAAACUGUAGCAGCUAAGGGGGAAUGUGAACCAGAAAGGAAAGAGACGAGAAAUAAAGUUGAUGAAGAUAGAAAGCAUGAAAUCGAAGCUGCGAUAGUUCGUAUAAUGAAAGCUCGUAAACUAAUGGCACAUAAUAUAUUAGUGGCUGAAGUAACAGAUCAAUUGCGAGCGCGAUUUUUACCUUCGCCAGUUAUUAUUAAAAAACGUAUCGAAGGAUUAAUUGAACGAGAAUAUUUAGCCCGUACGCCGGAAGACAGAAAAGUCUAUACGUACGUCGCAUAAUCCUGAUAAGGAUUUGUACAAACAUAAACUACCGGGUUUGGAUCUUAGUAACCCAGAUCUUCAUGAAGCGUUAUUAUAAGUUUUAAAAAUAAAAAAAAAAACACUGUCAGUAAAAUUAA